CUUGUUUUAAUCUGGCCAUUGGAUUCUUAGGGUUUCAGUAACCUAAGAAAAUCGACUCCUCUGCUUCUUCUCCUUCUUCGUCGUCGAGCAGAGUCAGCUAUCUACAGAAAUGGAUCGUGACCUCGCAAACAAUCCCCAGUUGAUUCAAUUCCUCAGCCAAGAAAAAGAAAGGGCGAUGGCGAACGAAGUGGUGGCGAAGAUAACAAGCUCGUGCUGGGACAAAUGUGUGGACAAACCAGGAAGCAAAUUCAGCUCAAGCGAGUCUUCUUGCCUCAGUAACUGCGCCCUACGCUACAUGGACAUGACUAUGCUCAUCAUGAAACGCUUUCAGCAGUAGUGAUUUUUGUAUCCCAUCAUGAUCAUCAUGUUACUUCUUCUCUUUUAUUUAUUAUUAUGAAAACCUUCUUCUUCUUUUUUUCAAUUCUCAUGGCAACUGGUGUUAAACCCCUGCAAUAAUGUUCUCUUGGAUGAAUUGUUAUAGGAUUUGUUUUAUGGUAAUGAGAUUUGAGAUUUUUA